AUGCCUCCGACGGUGGACAGACUCGUCAUCUUCCCGCUCGAGAAGCAGAUCCAGGUGUCCGUGGUGGCCGUUUCCAUCGCCUUCAUCGUGAUACCGACCAUCAUGGUCAUGAUGCGCGUCCUCGCGAAGCGCAUGGCGCACAGGGUGGUGGACGGGAGCGACUGGUGCAUCAUUGCGGCAUGCGUCUUCUCCAACGCUCUUCAGGCCGUCUCGAUCGUCAGCGUGAUCCAGUGCGGCGUCGGCCUCCACAACACCGAGAUCAUCCCCAAGUACGGCUUCGGGCCCAUCAUCAAGUUCCUCAAGGUCCUCGUCGCACAGCAGAUCCUCUGGGCCAUCAGCCUCAGUCUCUGCAAGAUCGCCAUCCUCCUGCUCUACGCGAGGAUCUUCACGACGCGCGCCAUGGUCCUGGCGGCGAGGAUCCUCGCCGGCUUCACGAUGGCGUGGACCGUCGUCACCGUCCUGAUCGCCUUCUUCAUCUGCCGCCCGCUCUCGGACAACUGGCUGCUCGACCUCAAGGGCCGCCACUGCGGCAACCAGCCGGCGGCCGACGGGACGAUGGGGGUCCUGAACAUGAUGACCGACGUCGCCGUGCUCGUCAUGCCCAUCUCGCACCUGUGGAGGCUGCGUCUCGAGAUGUACAAGAAGGUCGCCCUCAUCGUGACCUUUUCGUUGGGAGUCUUCACGUGCAUCGUGUCGGCCCUGCGGCUGUACUACCUCGCCCACCUCGAGUACAUGGACGUGACCUUCAACAUCCCCCACGCCCUCAUCUUCAGCGCCCUCGAGCCCGGCGUCGGCAUCACCCUCGCCUGCAUCCCCUUCCUGCGGCCGCUGCUGGGCCGCUCGAACUACUCGCCCAAGGGCACCGCCAACUACUACACCUCGAACGGGGACUCGGCCAGGCUGGCGCGGAGCGGCAAGAGCCGGGAGAGCAGCGGAUUCGUUCUUGUGGAGGAGAACUCGUCGCAGUACCAGCUCAACGACUACGAGCGCAAGAGCAGGAGCCCGACGCCGACGCAGGUGCCGGUGAUACCGAUGCCGACGGUGCCGGGGAAAGUCACGUGUAGCAGGGCCAGCAGCGCGCGGGAUAGCUAUUAG